AUGCGUUGUUCUAGGCCCGAGACAAGAAGGAAACCUCGAAUAAGCGCGCUAACGCCUACCGGUGUUCGAAGCCUGUCCGCAGCGCAGACGGCGUGGGCAGCAUCUCCUGCAGCGGGAAGUGCUGCCAUACGUUGCUCGAACAACAGACGUCGUCAGGCUACGGCACGAGCAGCGUCUCGCACAACGACGCGCUUGCCUGCGAACGCCCACGCACGCCGACGGCGCCAGGCCAUCCCACCGCUGUCCUCGGCCGAGACGGAAGCCCCCGAGGCUGCUGCCGGUCAGUCGUUGUUCAUCUUCGGCGUGGGUUACGUCGCCACGGCUGUUGCCCUGACCUUUCUGAGGAAGGGCUGGACCGUACAUGGCACCUGCACCGACCCGAGAAAGGUCAAGUCCCUGGGAGAUCAGGGAAUAAAGGCAUUCAUUUUUGACGACUGGAGCGGGCCGAUGAUGCAGCCGGAGCCUCUGUCGGCGCUCGCGAGUGCGACCUGCGUCCUGAGCACAGUGCCACCAGCCCUGCAGUCGGGUGCAGACCCGGUCCUCGUGGCGCAUGAGGCGGAGCUGCAGUGGGCCCGUAGCAAGGGUAACCUUCGAUGGGUGGGCUACCUCUCUUCCACGGGUAAGGGUACCAUGUGGUUGAGAAUGGACAAGAGAGCCUGCCGGCAGGAGCGCGACGGUCUCCCCGUGCAUGUCUUCCGCCUGGCCGGGAUCUACGGUCCCGGCAGAAGCGCUCUGGAUGCUGUCGCGAGGCAUAACGGGGAUAUUCGACUGGCCGGCUCUGACGACGGGACGAUGGUUUCUCGGACGCACGUGUUCGACAUUGUUGGGGUGGUGGAGGCCUCGAUCGAGCGGCCCGAGCCUGGCAUGGUGCUCAACGUCGCGGACGAUCUCCCGUCUACGAGAUACGAGGCGAGGAGGUGCUUUGCCUUCGAGCGUGUUGGGGGCGACCGGCUGCCAGGCGUUUUCUCACAUCCCAAGCUCACAACAAGCCGCCACCCUCGCACGCGUGGACCUCUUGCAUCCAUCCGCAGAGGGCUUAAGGCCGUGCACGAAGGAGACGGUCGCCCCUUCACAGCCGAGGAGCCGACUGUCGAGCCCGCCUCCGGACAAGACGGCGGCCGUUCGGUAGCGCCCUCCUUCGACGCUGCUAACGCUAACGCUACCACUGUUACUGUUGCGAGUGGCCGACAGGAGGUGGGAGACGUGACGGCGCAGCUGGGAGCGUUGAACGCGCAAGUAGCGCGCCUAGAGGCGAAGCUGGGCCGAGUCUUGACCAUUCUCGAAGAACGAGAUACUAGUAGCAGUGGUAGUGGUGUUGCCGCCGUUGGAGCGGCGGCAGACGAAGACGGCAAGCCGGCCGCCGGUGUUGGUCGUGUUGGGGGCCAGCCAGAGGAGGGCGUUGUUGGUGAAGCUAUUAGUAGGAGAGGUGAAACGGUAUUGUGGGAGGAGGGCGAGGCGUUGCCGGACGGGGUCAAACACCUUGCGGCAGACGCGGACUCGUGACGAGAGAUAGAUGUGUCACCACGUCACAAUUGAUGGAGACUCCUCGUGUGUGUGUAUCGUGUGGUCGCUUCGGCUGACUCCUUUUGGCCUCCGCGUUUCGCGAGGUUGAGAACACACAAUUUUGCUGAAUGCGUUGGAGCGAGAGACCCGAGGUUGGGACCCUUGCACAGAACUAUUUACAGGUCGAACGGUGUGCUACGGCGGUUGCGCUGCUUGCGAAUAAAACUAGCCCGGGGAACCCGCGGGCUCAACUGAAGCCCGCUUCCCUUUCCCCCCACAAUCCCGCUGCGAGGGAGACAGGGGGGCGAGAGCAGCAACUCAAAGUUGAGUGAUGUAGGAGAUUGCCGGACACAUAGACACGCGUUGAAUGAGGAUAGACACAUAUUGAACCUCACAGGUUGUUUGUAUUGGAGAUUGCGAGACACCUAGACGUGUUGAGUGAGGAUAGCUGCAUACUGAAACCUCACAGAUGCAUUGGUUUUUGCCAGACACAUAGACGCGCUGAGUGGGGAUAGCUGCAUAUUGA